AUGGUAUUGCAAAAUGUACUGUCUUAUAUCCUGAAUAAAUAUUUGGGAGAAUUUGUUGAAAAUUUGGAUGCAAAUCAACUUAAUGUUGGGAUAUGGGGAGGCGACGUUGAACUAAAGAAUCUGGUAUUGAAACCAUCAGCUCUAAAUGAGCUAGAUUUACCAGUACAAGCAGUAUAUGGAACAAUAGGAAAACUGGUUCUGAAAAUACCAUGGAAAAAUGUGUAUACUUCUCCUUCCAUCAUUUCUGUAGAAGAUAUCUACCUCAUAGUACAACCAAAUCUGCAAGUCAAGUAUGAUCCUGAGAAAGAAGAGAAAAAUCAAUAUGAAAGCAAAAAACAAGAGAUUCAAAGAAUUGAGGAAGCAAAGAAAGCUGUUGCUGAAAAAGGAAAACCUCCAACUAAGCUUGGGUGGACAGAAGAAUUGACUAACAAGUUGAUAGCUACAAUUAUCAAAAAUAUACAGUUGAAUAUCAAAAAUAUUCAUAUCAGAUAUGAAGAUAGAGUGACUAAUAGUAAAUUUCCAUUUGCAUUUGGAGUUACACUAAGUGAACUAGUUGUUGAAAGCACUGAUGCUAACUGGGAGAAAACAAUUGCAGAUGAUAUAGUUAAAAUAUACAAGGUUCUUCAAUUGGAUGGCCUGUCUGUAUAUUUCAACAGCAGAAGCAGAAUGUAUGCUGAACUUCCAACUAUUGACUUUAUAAAUAAAAUGAGAAAAGAAAUUGCUUCCAAAAAGUCUAAACCUGGAGAUUAUACAUAUAUAUUGGGUCCAAUCAACUCUUCAGCCAGGCUGAAGAUCAACCAACAACCGGAAAACGAUUCCCCACCUUACUCUCUUCCCAAAGUCCACCUCAAUCUCCAAAUGGAGAAACUGUUCAUAGGUAUCAGCAAAACGCAGUACAGAGACCUGAUCGCUCUGGCUGAUUCCAUGAACAGAAUGACGAGGGGGGCUCGAUAUCGCAAAUACCGGCCGAACGUGACGUCAUACAAGGGUCACUAUAAGGAGUGGUGGCACUUCGCUUACAGGUGCCUGGUGGAGGGGGACAUCAGGAGGAAGAAGAGAGACUGGGAUUGGAAUCACAUUUUGGGGUAUAGGAAUAUGUGCAGGGAAUAUCAGGAUUUGAGUAUGAAACAACUUCAGAAUAAAAAUCUGUCGUCGGAAGAGAAAGAAAGAAUCGUUGAAUGCGAAAAAGUAUUGGAUUUAACGAAUAUAGUUAUAAUCAGGCAUACAGUCGAAGUGGAAAGUGAACGAUUAACUCAAGUUGUUCCUGAGAAGAAGGGAUGGUUUGGUUGGUUUAAGAGCUCUUCUCAAGUAAACGAAGAUAAAGCAAGCGACAAAAUAUUGAAACAAUUCAAAGAGGAAAUGACUCCCGAAGAGAAGAGUCGAUUAUACAAGGCGAUCGGCUAUCAAGAGAACGCCAUUCCCACCAUAUUUCCCGAAGAGUACGUCGAAAUAACCGGUACAUUCCUUUUGCGGUCUCUCGAACUGGAGUUGAUGGAUGACGAUGAUAAAGACGGUACUCAAUCCGUCCUUCUAACCGACUUGAAAAAUGUCAAAUGUAAGGUGGAGACUAGACCAGCAGCAUCAGCUAUAAAAGUGUACAUGAAACUGGAUAGUUUAACGACAAUUGGUAUGCAAGAGGGUGAUUUUAUACCCCAAAUGAUUGCUGCUGAAUCGGAAACCCAAAAAGAUCUGUUAGAAAUCAGGUUCGAAUCGAAUCCCAUCGAUAAGAAAUGCGAUUACAGGAUUCAUGUUGUUACACAACCAAUAAGAGUAGUUUACGAUGAAAAAACAAUCAACAAGAUAGUGGAUGUAUUCACUAUUCCGCCAGACACUGCCUUGGAAGAGAUUUCUGACGUGGCAGCCAACAAAAUCUCGGACGUGAAAGAAAUGACGUCGCUCGGUCUCCAGUACGCCAUCGAAAAACACGUGGCCAUCGACCUGAACGUCGACCUGCGCGCCCCCUACGUCAUCAUUCCCUACGCAGGCCGCUUCGACGGCUGCGAAAACGUCCUGGUCGUCAAUCUCGGUCAUCUUCGCGUCUACACCGAUGGCAAACGAUCGUCCACCGCCGAAGUGCGCAGACUCUAUGAGCAGGGCAGAGACCGGAAGGACAUCUUCGAGAUGAUGAUGAAGAGCAGCUACGACAACUUCAAGCUGGAGCUGACCGAUUUGCAAAUGGUGGUCGCGCAGGGCGACGAGGAUUGGUACAAAGCGGUGAAGGACUCGGAUGUGUCCGAUAUGCACGUGCUCAAUCCGCUGUCCAUGUCCAUAACGGUGUCCAAGUGCCUGAUCGUGGAGGAUCCUCGAUUGCCUUUGAAUAGAGUGAGAGGGGAGUUGCCACACAUCGAUCUGAUUGUGUCUGAAGCUAGACUGAUGUUGCUGCUGUCGCUGAUUGCUAGUAUCCAACUUCCGGGCAGUGCUGUUCCUGAACCUCAACCACUAUCGAGAGCUAAGGGAUCUAGUAUGAUGCUCCUCAAAUACAAAGAAAUGCAAGAAUCCGCAAAAGCCACCAAACAGUUGAUCAAAGAUUCACCGGAGUCAGAUUCCAAAGGAACUGUCCAAUUCACAACCCUAGAAGCAGAAUUUAUUUUAUCAGAAUGUUCGCUGACAAUCAAUCAGCAAGAAUCGAUUGAUUCUAAGGUGACCGAAUUGGCUGUAUUCAAAGUGAAUUCAUUGAAGUGCGAAUUGAAACAACAAACCUACGUCACCAAUGUGUCAUUGUUGUUGGGUAGCGUUAGCUUGAAAUUGGACCGUUUGGGCGAGAAGAUAGACGUCAUAAACACCCCUUUGUCUGGCAACAAAGAGGAUCAAUUAUUCGAAGUCAAAUUUAGUCAGGUGGACGAAAAGUGUCCAGAGCUUCAUUCAACCUACAAAUCGUGCGAAUGCAGCUUGCUACUGAACUUCAGAGUUCUGAGCGUCGUUUUGCAUCAAGAAGGCCUUCUGUCAUUGCUGAAACUCAGCACUGCCAUACAAGAUCAACUCAGUCAGGUCAGCCAAGACAGAGACAGGGUGGCGACCACCAGACAAACCAGUUAUUUGUCUGUCAGUGACAGUAGAGAUGAUGCUCCAGAAAAAAUCCUAAAGAAAAAGAAGAAAAUUCCUGUUGUGGUUUCGACGAUCAAGUUCAAGUUGAUAGCUGCGUUGAAAGAGUUGAAUGUCAAAUUUGCUACUGAUGCUACUGACAUAUCUUUCUGUGCUAUAAGAGGAAUUGACACAACUAUCAUUGUGAAGGAUUCUUAUACUCAAGUUAACGCUAGACUGCAGGAGAUUGCUGUGAUAGAUCUGAACGAGCAGACAAUUCAUAAAUUGAUAUUGUCAAAUACAGAAGGAGUGGCUAUUACAUCACAAGUUGUGAUGAACAACAAUACAGAUGUUACUGAUAAACCUGACAUACAAGUAAACGUCAACUUGGGAGAAAUGAGGAUAGUCUUUUUGAAUUGGUUUGUCACCAAUAUGUUGAACUUCUUGAACCAAUUCCAAGACGCCCAACAAAAAAUCAUCGAGGCCUCACAAGCCGCGGCCCAAUCAGCCAAAGAGAACAUGAAAGACGUGUACGCCAAAGCGACGAAAAUCUCGCUGGACAUCCGCCUGAAGGCCCCCAUCGUGGUAGUACCAGUAGAUUCGCAAAGAUACGAUUGCCUCAUCCUCGACAUGGGGGUGAUAACUCUCUCUAACACUUUCCUUACUUUAGAUGUUAAGAACGAGGAGGGGUUCCCGGCGAUCGUAGAUGAUUUGAAGGUCGAUCUGACUGAUUUGAAGAUUUCCAGGGUGCAGCUCAAUGAGAAGAGCGAAGUUCAGUCGGAGAGCAGUCUGUUGGAACCGUUGACUUUCACGCUUAUUGUCAAGAGGAACUUGUCGAGCAGCUGGUAUAUAUCGAUUCCUGACAUUGAUGUUUUUGGGAAGAUUGGUAUAAUUAAGCUGUUACUCAGCAAAGCCGAUUACCAAAUGAUCAUGGACAUCCUGAGUGGAAAUUUGGCAGAAGGUAAACAAGAUGCUACCACUGUGGACGUACAAUCGAACACGCAAAUGCUCGCGCAAGCAUCCACUACCGUGGUCGAUACCCAUACCGGAGCGGAAAUGACGAAAGAGAUGUGGAAGAACAAACAGAAGACUCACAUCUUCCUGAAAUUCGCCUUCAGUAUGGACCAUUUCAUCAUAGACAUGUUUAUAGGAGGUGCAACUAAAUUGGACGAUCAAUCUCCCAACCACGAUCCGAAAAAACAACUGGCCAGGUUCUCGCUGGAAGGCCUCUCGCUGAAAGGCCGCAUAAUGACCGACCAGUCCAUCGUCACGUCCGUCCUCUUGCUGAACUGCGUCUUGGACGACAUGCGCAAAGGCAGAGGCGGCAAACUGCGCAGGCUGGUGGGCAGGUCGCAGUCUUCCGGGGAUCUGGAUUCCGUAGACGGAGCCGCCGGAUCCAAGGAAUCCGCCGCUUUUCGCAGUAUGAUCGACGUGACUUACCAACAGACGGACAACGAUACGUUCAUCGAUUGCCGGGUGUUCAGCUUCACCGUGAUUCUAUCGGUGGAUUAUCUGAUGAAAGUGGCUGACUUCUUCAACGCCUCGGACAGUCAGAGGCAGCAGAGCAAUGUAGCUCCCACCAAAUCGGCCGCUAGCGUGAGUAGAACAGUGGCUAAAACUCAAUUGCCGGUGGUAAACGAAUCUGAGAAAGUUAACCAGAUGACGAUAAAUUUGAAAGUGGAGAAGCCGGAUAUCAUUUUGGUCGAGCAUAUGGAUAAUAUCGAUACCAACGCCAUGAUAAUGAAUGCGGAAAUUCUGAUCAAACUACGGACAGCCGGCGUCCAUCAAGUUUUGAAUGGGGUGAUAAAAGACUUGCAAUUGUACACCUGCGUAUACAACCCGGCACUCAGAGCAGAGACCAGAGGGGAUGUUUUGCAUCCUGUUACGAUAAGCGUGGCCGGAUCUACACCCCUGGAUAAGGGACUUCACAUCGAGCUUCUGGUAACGGCCAUCCACGUCAGAGUGUCACCUGCUACGAUAGAACUGCUCAAUCGUGUCUUGGUCACAAUGACGAGCAGUGGAAUAACGGAGGAUGAAAACACCGAGGUAGUUUUCAACUACACUGAUCUUUGGCAACAGAAACCUCUCGAGGAUAAAGAUUAUUGGUUCUUGAGACCAGAAUAUGGCUUUGAUGCAUUGGCUGAACAAUUUUUGGCUCCUUCCGGAUCAAUGUUGGACGCUGCGAAAAUUAAAUUGCAAGAAUUAUGCAUAAUUUCGAUGCCCUCUAUCAUAAUAACAGUGGAAAUUGGAGUGGGAAUAAAAACUCUUCCAGUGCUAAUGCUCGAAUCGGCAUUCAAAGGAUCUGCCAGAAAUUGGAGUUCUCAGUUAUGUGUGCAAGCCAGCCUGACCCUUCAAAUGGGUUACUACAACAGUCAUCUAGCAUUAUGGGAACCUCUCAUUGAACCUGAAGUAGUGAGGAAUAAUAAUUUUUAUGUACCAUGGGAAUUGAAACUUGAGGUAUCGAUGAAUCAAAAUGACGAUGAAUCUCAGAGCACCUUGAGUCCCGGUUCAGAAAGCGAAGUCGAGCUGCCGCAACCGCUGAUGAGCAUCGACGUAAUCUCAGAAAAAAACUUGGAGCUAACGAUCACCAAAACGUUCUUGGAGGACCUGACCAACUUGCAGAAAGCCUUCGCCAGUGCUAUUGACGCCAAAGCCGUGAAGCCCACGACUCACGUAGACGCGCCUUACAAAGUGUUGAACGAGAUAGGCGAAGACGUCACUUUGCUGCUAGAGCAGAGUUCCUUCGAAAUGGUUGAGGGCGGAACCCCUGAAGACAUCAACAAGGCGACAGCUAUAGCGCUGCAACUCAAACCGGAGUUCACCAGCGACAAAGUCGUGUAUUUGGGCAAAGAGUUGGCUACUAGUUCGACGAAGAAGGAUAUUUAUCUGCAAAUCAGAGUGGACGAUAAGAGAUGCGAGCUGACUUUACCAGUCAUGAGGGCCGACAAGAGGUUCUUUUCGUUGCAUUAUCGCAGUGCAACGUUGGACAACUGGGGAAUCGUUUGCGAUAUCAAAGUCGAUGAUGGAGUAACCGUUAUCACUCUCAGAAGCAUUUUGCAAGUGCAUAAUCACUUCACCGUACCAGUAGACGUCUACUUCAUGACGACCAAGGGCGACGAACUAGAGUUCAUCGGCUCGAUAAACCCGAAGAGCCUCCUGAACGUCCCCCUAAAAGCAGUCUACAACCCCACCAAUGAGCUCUUCUUCGCAAUCUCCGAUUACUCUGUGUCGAAUACUCCUUUCAUCUGGAAAGAUCUGCAAACGAAUCUCAGUGUCACGAAAAAAAUGCACUGCUCAUCGAAAACCUCGGGGAAACCUGCGGAGUCUUUCGUCAUCAAAGCUGUGGGGGAGAUGGAGCAGGUGUAUUACGAGAACACCAGCCGGCAUACCAUGUCCAGUAACUGUUACAACAUACAUUUGAGGCCGGCUGUCAAUUUCAAGAAUUGUUUGCCGGUGGAUAUCGUUUGCUGUGUGGACGAAUCGGCUGAGGAGUUGACGGUCAAGGCUGGGGAUACUUUGCAGUUGGCGAAAGUUGAUCCUGGCCGGAAUGUCUUAGUUAUAAGGAUCGCCGAAUAUCUAGACAGAGAAUGGUCCUGUCGCAAGGAAAUAGUCUCCGAUCCUGACGAGUUCUCUGUGUGGACCUUCCACAGCUACGACAGUCCUACCAAGAUGUCUCUCGAUCUGGGAAUGCACAUCCUCAACAAGUACGGGUCGCUUCUCAUGACCUUGUAUUGCCCGUUCUGGAUGUUGAACAAGACGGAUAUGAUGCUGGUAUACAGGACUUCCGAUGAGAACAUGAACGUCCUUCAUCAUCCGGCGAAUUUCAAAGGACCGAUUCUAUUCUCGUUCAACGCGAAGAAUUUCUUCGGCAAAAAGAAAGCCUCCAUCAAAAUAGCCUCCGGAGAAUGGUCGGAUAAAUUCUCCUUAGACGUUGCCGGUUCUUCUGGAGUCAUCACUUGCAAAUACGAAGAAACCACUUACCAAAUAGGCGUGCACAACCAGCUGACCUCGAACGGCCUGACCAAGCAGGUCACCUUCACGCCCUACUACGUCAUCAUAAACAACGCCCCCUUCGCUAUCGAGUGCCAGGAGAACGACCGACCGGCGGAUCCUUGGGUGGCAGUUGAGCCUCGUUCGUGUUCGCCCUUGUGGCCGAAAAGCGAGAAGUCGGACAAACUGAUGCGGAUGAGGGUGAAGGGCACGCCGGAUUGUACGCCGCCAUUUUUGUACACCGAGAGCCACACCACGCUGCUCAAGUUGGCCAACAAGUUUGGUGGCAUCAACGUUGACAUUCAAUUGACUGAAGGAGGAGUGUAUAUCAAUUUGGCUGCUUACGAGGUUGGAUCGGCGCCUGCCCUGCUGAUAAAUCAUUCGACAAUGGACAUCACUUUUUGGGAGAAAGAUUCUGUUCAAAAAAGAGUCCUCCCACCCAAACACGUCUGUUUCUACACGUGGGAGAACCCCAGCGGCUCGCGCAUCCUCGUCUGGGACAGGGGCAAUCGCAAAGAGAUCAUGAAUGAUCUGCGCAAAGACACCUGCGGCGAAUUCAAGUUGAGCGACCGCCACAACGUGUGUUGGGCCUCGUUCUUGGACGGCAUGCAACGCGUGCUGCUCUUCACCGAAGAGAAAUCCUUGGCGGAGGGGGCGCAGGCGAGUAACCUCUUCGAGGUCAUCCAGCAGGAGAUCACGGUGGCCGUGCACGGGGUGGGCGUGUCGUUGGUGAAUAACGCGAGAAGGCAGGAGAUCAUGUACAUCGGGAUCGCUAGUACGGGAGUCAUAUGGGAAUCGAAGAAACCCAACAGCAAAAGAUUCAAACACCUCGGCCCCAAAGACUCCCUCACAAUGGAAAACGCCUUCCAAGACUACCUCAGACGCAGCGAGAGCGACUCCAACCUCACCAUGGACCGCGUCAUAAUCGACGCCAAAACCGAGGUGGAUUUCAAGGCCGGCCUGAUGCUGAAGCCGCACAAGCGCACCAUCCGCAGGACCUUCCUGACCGGCCUGUGGAUGCAGCUGAAGACCAGCCCCAGCCAGAUGCAGCUGCACGCGAAGAUCAACCGGCUGCAGAUCGACAACCAGAUGUACGAUUGUAUUUUCCCUGUGGUUUUGGCCCCUGUGCCGCCUCCCAAAAGUGUGUCUGCUGAUAGCGGUGUGAAGCCCUUCGUUGAAGUGAGCAUUGUUAAAUUGCUGUUGAAAAACAGUCAAAUCCAGCAGUUCAAAUACUUCAAAGUAUUGGUCCAAGAGUUCCAUAUUAAAGUGGACAUUGGCUUCAUCAAUGCCAUUAUGGAUAUGUUGGAGCAUUCUGAAGAUUCUGUCGAAUCUGAGAAAGAACUGUUCCUUGCCGAGAUGAAGAUAAUCGACGAAGAGCUGUAUUCGCACGUAUCUUCUCAGUCCAUCCAGGAGCAGAAGAGCUUCUACGAUUUACUGCAUUUCUCGCCCUUCAAGAUCCACAUAAGCUUCUCAUUGGCUGCUGGCUCGACUUCCGGUCAGAAUCCUUCCACGCCCAACUUCCUGAACGUCUUGCUGCAAGGAUUGGGAGUUACUUUGACGGAUAUGCAAGAUGUCGUCUUCAAGUUAGCUUUCUUCCAACGGGAGCACACCUUCUUGACCCAGCGACAGUUGAUCAGCGAAGCGACCAGUCAUUACGUGGGCCAAGCUGUCAAACAGCUCUACGUCUUGGUUUUGGGAUUGGAUGUCUUGGGUAACCCUUACGGACUCGUAGUCGGUAUAACGAAAGGGGUGGAGGACCUCUUCUACGAACCAUUCCAGGGCGCCAUCCAGGGCCCCGGCGAGUUCGCCGAAGGCCUCGCCCUGGGCGUGCGCAGCCUGUUCGGGCAUACGGUGGGCGGGGCGGCGGGCGCCAUGUCGCGCAUCACGGGCGCCAUGGGCAAGGGCAUCGCCGCCCUCACCUUCGACGACGACUAUCAGCGCAAGCGCAGAGAGCAGCUCAACAAGCGGCCGGCCACCGCUCAGGAGGGGUUCGCCAGGAGCGGCCGGGGACUGGUCAUGGGCGUAUACUCCGGCGUGACCGGAGUGUUCACCAAACCGGUAGAAGGCGCCAAAGAGCAGGGCGUCGAGGGCUUCUUCAAGGGCCUGGGCAAGGGGGCCGUCGGUCUCGUCACCAGACCAGUGGCGGGCGUCGUAGAUUUCGCCAGCGGCUCGCUGGACGUGGUGAAAAGGGCCGCCGAGUGCAACGAGGACACGUCUAGGCUGCGUCUGCCGAGGUUCCUGCAAGCGGACAGGCUCGUCCGGCCUUAUAAUAAGCUCGAGGCGGAAGGGCUCAAGCUGCUGAUGGAGCUGUCGAAGGGCAAGUACGCUACGACGGACGUUUACGUGGCGCAUUACGCGGUGGUGGCGAAGAAAGAGAUCUUGCUGCUGACCGACAAGAGGGUGGCGUACGUUUGCCACAACGAUAUUUUCGGGGGAUGGCAGAUGGAAUGGUCGUACACAUGGGAAGAAAUUCAAGCACCCCCCAAAGUCGUGCCUAAGGGUAUCAGUUUCACAACGUCCGAAAAGAGAAAACUUUUCGGUUCCAGCGAAUAUAGCAAGACUAUUCUGAUUGAUGAUCCAUCGAUUAAAGAGGAGAUAUGCGUAAAAAUUGAAUCUUUAAGAAAUAGCUAG